AUGUCCUUGGAUACCAACUCCCACCACGAUGCUACCGUCGAUGCCCGUCCCGACCCUCGUCUCCUCACGAAUCUUCCUGACAUUCUCUCUGCCCUUUCUUCAAUACAGUCAGAGGAGGCAGAGCUCUCUAAUUCGCUGACUGACCUGCUAUCCGACCGUGCACCCAUUCUAUCCUCGCUGUCGCGCUUGCGUUCCGUAGUGCCUCAGCUCAAUAACCUCAACGAAGAUGCAUUGCUUCUGUCGGAAAAGGUCGUGACAACGGCACAAACAGCGGAACGCGUUGGGGGACGUGUCCAGUCACUUGACGAAGAAAUGCGCAGGAUUCGUGAAGCUGGAGACCGUGUUGGUCAGGUUAUCGAACUCAAGUCAUCUCUGGUAGAGUUGCAAGCGUCGAUUGAGAGCCAUGAUUGGGAGUCGGCGUCGAGACACUGUGCUCGAGUAAUGACGCUGCCUCUGGAUGUAAUAUCGGGGCCUUUCUCGGAACAUGUAGUGCCUACGUCGGAUAACCAUCUACCGCCUGUCCAGACGCUCCAGGCCGCCCGCGAGCGUCUUCUGUUGGUCUUUCAGGAAAACUUUGAACGGGCUUCAAGCUCAAGGGAUUCGGCUGCAACAAGUCGCUUCUUCAAACUCUUCCCUGCUAUAGGAUGGGAGACGGAGGGUCUGCAGGCAUAUGCAUCGUUUAUUGUCGACCUCGUACGAGUCCGCGCACCUGCAUCUGCGAAAACAUCUUCGCCCCUGUACUAUACAACCGCUUUGACUGCGCUCUUUGAGAGCAUUGCAAUGAUCGUUGACCAGCAUCAGCCCGUCGUGGAGAAAUAUUAUGGUGCGGGUAAAAUGAUCAGCGUCGUGGAGCGGCUGUUAGAAGAGUGCGAUCGGGUUGUUAAGGGGUUAGUUGCAGGAUGGGAAGAUGAAAGGUCUAUGAAGCGCAAGUUGUCGGAUACUUCCAAUAACCCCCCAAUACCCAUGUUCAACACCACGAUACGUCGUCAACCUUCUGUAAUGUCCCCCGAUGAGGAGAGGAUCGAUCCGCGAGAAAUUGACAAAGUGUUGGUGGAAGCAGCAAGUAUGGCAGGCCGAUGGAACCUGUUCCGAAAAUUCCUUUCUGAAAGCAUGACUGAAGACUCUAGCUUCGAAUCUACAGAGGUGCCAGUGGAGACACAGAAGCUUUCGUUGGAUUCCACGAAAUCACAUCAUCUAUUUGAGGACCUAUUGACGACGUAUUAUAUCCCAAUGGAAAUGUGGUAUACACGUACCAUCAUGGACAAAGCUCAUAGGCUAUCCAGCCCAGAUCUUACUCAGUCACCAGUAGUGACAACUACGCCAGAUGACGUUUUCUACAUUCUCAAAAUCGUGUUACUGCGUCUGAUUUCUACGGGCUCGUAUACGACUGUUGAACGGACACUGCAGCAGCUGCGCGAAGUCAUGGAGCGAGAUUACUCGGGAGUAAUCAAGAAAAAGCUUGACGAUGUCUAUCAUGCUGCUGGGACCUCUGGUCAAAGUAGAGGCGAGAAGGUGGAGAAGGAGAACCGUUUAGCAUUUAUUACACUCUUGAACGACUUGGAUGUAUCUGUCUCGCACCUUGAACGCCUUACGCGGGAUUUAGUGAGGGGCCCGACGAUUGGUCAACAUUUUAGCGAACAACAACAACCGUCGGUGAAGGAUCAGAUCACGUCAUUCUCUACCUCGUCUGCUAAGCUUGGGGCAACUCUGAGAGUAGGAUUAGAGCAAGUCUUCAAUCAGCUUUUAAGACCAAAGCUGCGCAAUCUUGUACCAGAGGUCUACAAGGAUAUCUCCUAUGUCCUAGAUGAUGAUACCUAUGCCGCUGCAGAGUAUCAAAAUGUGGUUCGGAAGCGGUUCAUCAAGACAUGGGAAACAUUUAUGGAUGGAUACAAGGGUGCAUUUACUGAUCGUAAUUACCGUAUGUUCUUUGGCCUGGCUCUCGACGUCCUGUUGAGGCCAUGGGAGAAAUUCAUGAUGGGUUUCAAGUUUACUGAGUUGGGUGCGAUACGCUUUGACAGGGACCUACGGUCUAUCACUACGUAUUUGACAUCGCAGACCGCGUUUGGCGACGCCAGAGAGAAACUUGUUCGCUUACAGCAAAUGUCUACUUUGCUGAACCUGGAUGGUGAAGAAGAUGUGGACGAAUUCUACAAUGGGUCUGGUAUAUCUUGGAAACUAACUGCGCAAGAAGCUCGUGCCAUUGUUUCUCUGAAGGUAUAG